GUUGGUGUCCUUGGGGAAAAAACUCGGCAAUCUUAAAAAAACGUCGAACUGAGAAGGCCUACAGCAAGGUGGAAUGUGCAAAACUUUUACCGUUGAAACGAAACUCGCUGUUAUAUUUCGUUUCGUUGAUAUUUUGAUCGAGUUAGUGAUCCAAUUUUGGCUACUUCCGUGCCACUCUCUCCUGCAAAAAAGCCAAACUUAGUGCUGCAGAUCCAUGGAGAUUUUCAACAACAAGAUUUCAAGUUCAAGAGCAUAGUUUACUGAUUCUGUGCUAUAAUGUAGAGAUUAUACCACAGCUCAGCAGUGCAUUAUCUUACAUAGCUGCCUUGUGACAGGGUGCGGCAGACUGCAAAUGCUGAGCUAAAAUGUUGAAGCUCAAUAAUCUACUCCAUAGUAUCAGGCCAUCAGACGAUAGUCCAGACACAGACAGAAAAGAUGAUAAUCUUAAGAAAAAACGAAAUAACACGGAAAAAACGGAAUUGGAAAUUCUCGUACAAAGGAAACAGAAUGAAGUCAGAACCAAAGCUGCUCACCACUGGGCCAUACUAAGAGCUUCAGUAUGUUCUGCAAAGGAGGCUGUGCAGGCAGCAGAAGCCAAAGACGUGGUUAUCACACAUGGGAUCCACAGAGACAGAAAGCUGAACCAUCAGCAGCACUUGACACAUGUCAUCUACAUCUCUGAACACAAGGAGUACCUGACUUGCGACGGUCAAUACUUCAGAUUUUUCCAUGAGGAUGGAAGGAAAAAAGAUGUCAUUGAUGCAGAGGAAGGGAUGAAUCGUGUUGUUUAUGCAAAUCAGACGAAUCAGUUUGUUGGCUGGGUUCAUGGCCAAGAGGACGUUUUUCUCCUGUCUCGGACUUUCGUCAUACGCUCCCAAUCGAAGGCUGUUGGUCGGAUACUUUUAGGAACAUACAACCACAAUACCGGAGAACUCAUCACAGUUGGACCUCAUUUUAUUACGUGCUGGGCAUUUCGAUAUGGAGCUCGUCACCUUAUCGCAAGGAAGACAACAAAGACCAACUUUGGAGAGAGGAAAAUGUUCAAGAUGAUGGUGCUGGAAGAAACAGCAAGCAGAACACAGCGUAUGUUCUUUGCUCAGGGCAAUGGAGUGGUGGUGUACAACAUUUUCUCUGGUCUUGAGGUAGACCACAAGAAAGAGCUGCAUGCCCAGCCAGUCACAGCCCUGACUUUCUUCAACCCUCUCAAGUAUGUCAUCACAGGAGCCAAGGAUGGAUGCAUCAAAAUCUGGGACAGCAGCUGGAAAGUUAAGAUGGUGUUUGUUGGCCACAAUGAUGCUAUCAACUUUCUCAAGAUUUACCCACACGGACCAGCUUUCAUUUCUGCUUCCCUUGACUGUACUAUCCGCGUCUGGAACAUGGAUACUUGUGAUGAAGUUGAUAAGACAGCCAUCAGUGAGCCCAUAGAAGGGAUGGGCACUGAGAUGAACUACAACAUCUUCUACACCUAUGCAGGGAAACAUGUUGACCUGUGGAAACUGCAGCAUCUGUUCCACAUACACACCAACAUAGGGUAUCGGGUGAACAACAUCAAGGUCACUACACACCCAUCCUACCCUCCACGGGCAGUGCUCUUGUGCCGAGACUCCAGCGUGCGGAUAAUAUGUCCGACCAAUGGCGAAGUUCUCACCACUCUACUUUUGCAGCCAUCUGAUGGUCUCAUUGAUGCUGCUUAUGCUGUUGCUGAGAACACCAUGUUCACUGUGCUAGGUAGUGGAGACAUCAUAAAAUGCAUGACAGACCAGAAUCCUUGCAACAUUACAGCCAGAUGGGCUUGCAAUAACCCAAGAGAGAUGUGCAACUAUCUCCUGGUGUAUGAGUACGUGGUGGAUCCCACCGCAUCCAACGAUAUUUGGGCCAUGAUGAAGCGCACAGUGCAGACUCGCUCCAUCCAAGCUGUAGGGAGUCAGAGCUCCAACAAGAACCGAACCCUGCUGCUGGGUGGCCGUAAAGACGGCUACAUCUGUGUCUUUGACUGGCACACUGGAGAGGUCACCUUCAAAGCUGAUGCUCACGGAAGUAAAGGUGUGCUGAACAUGAUAGCCAACUCCAAGUCCGAUCAGUUGAUCUCUGCAGGAAUGGACAACAUCAUCAAAGUAUGGCGGCUGUACCCGUUUGCUCAAGAGGCGUUAGCUCCCCUCAUGUCCUUCUACUGUGCUCACACGCCGUCCUUUAUGACCACCAUCAAGUCCAGUUUGGGUGUGGCUUUCCAAGACCCAGGCACGGCAACUUUCAGCGUGGUGCUCUACAGCCUUCCUGAGAAAACCUUUGCCAGUGAUAACCCUGGUUUAGAAGGCGGGUUCCAUGACCGGAGUGACCACAAGCCAGAUGACGACCACAUGGACCUGAUCACUGGUCUGACUUCUUGCCCUCGAAUGAAGCUGUAUGCGUCUUGUGGUAUGGAUGGAACCAUCCGGGUCUGGAAUGCUCAGAAUGUUCUGAUCAGAGUCCUAAAGAUCAACACCAUACCUCACAGCAUUGCCUUCUGCAGUCCUGAGGGAGAUCUGCUGGUGGGAAUCUCCAACCAUUUGUUCCACAUAUCUCACAAGAAAUAUCUGCCACAGUUCUAUAUCCGGAAGCAGGUCUGCAUGAAAUUCCCGUCCAAGAAGGAUGAAUCACCUUUGGAGUUUGAUGAGAACAGACUUAAUGAAAUGGACAAAAAUGAUGUGAAGAGGCUGAAGAACUCACAUGCUUCGUUCAAAUUUGAGCAUUUUGUGGACAUCUUGAGUGCAGAAGAGGAAGAGGAAGUGAUGAGGGACAAGAAGAUGAAGGAAGAAGCCUUCAUGAUGUUGGAGAACAGAGAAAGUGAACUGGUUCAGAUCAGGGAUGGAGCUUUGAUCAGCAAACAUAAGCCGAAGUCUACCAAGCGGACCCAGAACAGAGCCUUCAGGGAGUACAUGAAAAUGUACUACAACAAGGAGAGAGAAAAGUUACCCCCUGACCCUGAUGAAGACGCACUACAGAAAAAGUUAGUGGGAGAAACAAAAACACAAGAAGAAGGAGAAGACAAAUACAGGCCAGAGACAGCUCCAUAUGGUUUCUUCUCUGAACUCAGUGAGAAGUAUCUCUAUGAGGAUGGUGAUGCCAGCCCCUUGCACCCAUCCUAUCCCAUAACCCCAUGUGGGUUCCUGCCCAAUUCUGUUCUCCUCAAAAUCAUGUACCCGCCUCCGCAACCCAAAGCACCCUCAAGGGAAGCAACCCCGUACAAACCACCAGAGUUGACAGCCCAACAGCUGGGUGAAAUAGACAGUCUGCAUUCUAAGAAAGGUAGUCGCCGGGGCUCUGAAUUGACCCAGGACGCUGGCUUCAGUCGAGCGGUGACAUUUGCUGCUGAUGACCAUCUGUCGCGUGUGCUGGAGAUAGAUUUGAGUGAUGAUGAGGAACUUGCCAAGACUCCGGAUGAGACCGAUAUGGAGCCUGCAGUUCCGUUUGAGUUUGAUGAGAGUAUGAGGCCUGUCAUGGACUCUGCCUCUGGAGGUGCUCCGACGAGCGGUGCCGCGACUAUAGUGACACCAGCUAGGUCAUCUGCCCUGACAGUUAGGACAUUCUCUGACCUGCCAGAUUCAAGAUUCACAACGCCUAAAACUCCGAUGAAGUCCCGCUUGUCUCGGAAAAAGACGAGCUUCCUGGAGGAUGAAGAAGAUGAUGAUGAAGACGAUAUGUUCAGCCGAGGUCCGGGUCUGUCCGAGAAAUCCACGUCACUCAUGUCCAAGUUCCAGGAGAUCAUGGACAAAGAGGCAUCUGAUGUUCACAAAAUUGACAAAGCUACAGAAACUGUACAGGAGGACAUUGAGGAGAAAGUUACCCCAACACCAACACCUUCGGAACCCAUCAAGCGACCUGUGGCUUUACCUGCCAAACCAAUUCAAAAACUGGUCAGCCGGCCCAAGCCCAAGGCUCGAACUCCGACUCCACCCCGCUCACCUACCCCUCCGCCACCUCCCACACCCUUGCCAAACUUCAUCAAACAGUUUGUGGGCACUGAGUGGUUUGACAAGUAUUUUCCUAACUGCAAUGAGAAUACAAUGCCCAAACCUUGGACCAGCGACACUUUUGUCAACAUGAUCGUCAAGCUACUCCGCAUUGCCGAGUGGCUGCAUAAAGUGAGCGUCACCGAUGCCAUUUUGUUGGUGCACACAGAGGAGGGGCUCUCAGACUCGGUCGUCAUUCAAGCCGUGAAGACUUUAGCCUCGGUGCUAAACCACCACAGCACACCACCCACAUGCUCUGUGAAAGAGCAGAAAGAUUUCAUCAUGUCCGCCCUCAGAGCCCUGGCAAGUUUUGCCGUCAAGGACAAAGAUGUUAUUGCGGAGAUGAUGGUUCAGUUCUUGGACGGGGAUCGGGAUAUCAGGGCUUCUGUUCUGGAGGUCAUGACCAACCUGGGUCUGGCUGACCCCCACAGACAGUUCCAGAAAGAGUUAGACUCCUGGGACAUCUGGAGCCUUGAUGAGAAAAACCACCGGGAAGAGUUGCACAAAAUGUGUAACCAGUGGCUGGACAGGUGGAUGACAUCGUACAAGUUGCGUAUUAAGGAUACGGUAGACAAGCUCAAUAUGGGUCACUCACUGCACGGCCGGUUGUCUCACCGAGGAUCUGUGUUGGGUGCUGGGAGCUCAAGAAGGAGUUCUAUGAUGCCCGGAGACGACACACUGACCACUCUGCCAGAUGGAGGGAGCACCCUCAAACUGCCCACCACAGCCAGGAGCGGACGAGUCUCAGCCAUGUCCCAUGGCAGUGUUACAGUGACUUUGGAGCAGCUGCAGGGUUCAUCCAUCAUGGAGUCUGUGAAUUACAUUGAUUCUAUUAACUACUUCUGUGAGAUGAUGACAGAGAAGGAGUUAGAGGCACUGCGCAGAGGGGAGGUAAUGAGAAGACAGAAGGGAGAGACAGUUGUGCAGGCCAAGAAUACAGUGCUGGUCCUGCCAAAGAUUGCUCACAAACCUGCCCUGGUGCGGCUGGGUGAGAUGCACACAAGCAAGUGUCGGCCGGAGCGAGAGACUGUUCUACACACAGACUUCCGUAUGCCAGUCAUCACAAACCGUGGCAGGCAUCCGGCUCCUGGUGACCUCAAUGGCUUUGUACCAAGCAUCAAUUUGCCGAUGAAACCAGUUUACCUGAACCCAUUCCCCUCUGCCAUCGAUGCUCUCCACCCACGCUUCAGCCAGCCUAUCCUCAUCACUCUCAAGUCAGCGCAGAAAUACUUCAUUCCAUCACAGAGUUAUGUGCCCCUAGAGGAGCAUGUGGCUGUUGGGUCUUAGUGGUGAAAAGAUCCAAGUUGUCUGUCGAUGGUUUUGAGUGACUUUGCUCAUGUAGUCACUGAUUCUGCUGUGGUUGUAUUGAGUUGCGUUUCUUUAUUUGCAUGGCACAAAAAAUGUUUGAAAGAUGUAAUCUGCUGUUGAAAUACAGAAGUAAACUCGAGAAUAUAGAGUUGCUUUUAUCCAUAGUAUCCCGAUAGAGAAGAGGAUCGUACAAUGAAUGGCAAAUAAUUGUGUGUGUACUGGUAAUAUAAUUCUAAAUUAAGUCCUUGCGGGGAAGGAAUUGCAUUACUUGGAGAGGUUUCCCGAUAGAGAAGGAUCAUAAUGAAUGGCAAAUAAUUGUACGUGUACUGGUAAUGUCAUGCUAAAUUUAGACAUUGCUGGGAAAGUGUUGCAUUACUUGGAGUGCGUAAAAAGGAUAGGAAUGUCCUAUAUUUACCACCUUAUCAUCCUUUCCCUACGAGAUAGUCAGAGAACAAGUAGGCUUGAGUGCCUGCUUGGAGCACAUAGACGAACUGUAUAUGAAAUGGUUGAGACAUCCAUAGAAUAUUACUUUCUUUUAAAGUAGAUCCUGAUUCUGAGAAGUUGAGCUCUAUGUGGAAAUAAAGCACAAUAUUCUUGGUUCCAAGCAUUGCGUGAAAAUGGAGUAAGUCUUUUGUCUACAAAUGUAAUAUUAUGUCCUUGUGAAACUGAUCAUGCCCCAACAAAUAAAGCAUUAUGUUUUUGGGUGGUUUUUUAAGUACAAUUACGUUCAAGAAGUGGAAGAUAUAACUCAGACAUUCUUUGUUGGCUUCCAACAUGAAAGUCGAAAAGGGAGAAGAAAAAAAGUGUUUUUUUGGCAAUAUAGGAAUAUCAGUCUAUUGUUAUCUUUGUUACUACUGUUGUACGCUCAAAAUCUUGAGAAAAAAAAUUGUGCUUUUUGGCAAUAUAGGAAUAUCAGUCUAUUGUUAUUUCAGAUACUACUGUUGUAUGCUCAUAAUCUUGAAAAGUUCAAUGGAUCAUAAGUUAUGGUUGGUAUCAUUUUGGACUUAAGCUGAAAUUAUAAUUAAUCGAGGAAAAAAUGCUUUUGUUUCCUGUGUCCUCUGUAAUCCAGGUCAUGUUACUUCACUCUUUUCAUAAUAUUGUCAACUUUUUUUGAAGUUACAAUAUAGAGUUAUAAUACUGCUGAACCAUGUACAUACAUUUUAUAAAUGAGGUAACUAAGAUGCAAGACUUAUGUGUGUUUUCAUGGAAUAAUUCAUCCAAAAACACUUCUCAUUAUUUCUUUUUUUAUUGCUCUUGUUAAUAGGUUGUUUUUUUUUUCGAGAUUGUUAUUUCUCUUUGGCAUAAUGCCGGAGAUUUGGAGAUUAUUUUUUAUUUUUAUUUUUUUCGGCGGGGGGUGGUUGUAUGUAGGCUACACCUGUAUUUUUAUAUAUAUAUGUAUCAUCAGUAUUUUCUGUGGAUUUCUAGAAAGAUUCUUUUUUUAUCUCUUUAUUUCAGAUUUUACCUAAAAAUGUUAAAGUGUCUCAUUGUUUGUUAAGUCUUUAUUGAGGUUGUUGUUUUUUAAAGUUACAGUUUCUGUGAUAUUUAAGAAUUCAAGAGUCAAAGCUUUGAGAUUCAUGCCAAUAAAUCACCCUGUGGUUUGGAAAUAA